AUGUCUCAUUACCAGCCUGGCCAUCAGGCAUACUACGCACAGAACAAUACUGUUAACGGAUCCCCGCAGCGUGUACAGUACACCAACGCCUACUCUCCCCAGCUAGACCAGACACCUUCGCUGAGGCGAACGCCUAGCUUUGUUGCCGGGGAUGACUCGCUGUACACUCCCGUCUCAUCAAAUGAGACCAUGCAGGGGAGUCAAGCGGCCGGAGCUGCUUACAAUACCUUUGCAAGCACACCGCAGGCAAACCUAGGCUCGAGACACUCUCAGUUCUCCGUUGGGAGUUCGCAGCGAUCCGACCCCAGCCGUGCCUCGUCCCAUGGAUCGUCGGCGACAUCCACAUACCAGACACAGCCGUAUUCGUCCUCUAUGCAAGCCUCGACUCAAUCGAACAUGGCCUACAAUCCACAGCAAUAUGCACGUCCUCAUUCUCUUUCUCAGCCGCCCUCGAUGUCCUACAAUCCUCAAGCAUAUACCGUUGUCAAUCAAAACUAUCAGACUUACAAUCCAGCUGCUUAUCAGCCAAACUCUGGGCCAACCUAUGCUACAUCAAACCUCCCGCGUCAACAGAUGGCAAUCUCCACACGUUAUUAUGCGCAACCAGCCACCUAUGGGAUGCCUUCCCCUCAAUCGCAGCCACCAGCGCCGCCUCCUCGUGGUACGGAUCAUCCUUACGGGCCGCGUCCUCCUCAGCAUUCGGACACUUCUCCCAAUUCAAGUUAUGGAUAUUCGUUCGGCGGCCAGACCUCGCCCUCAUUGACUUACCGUUCAUCAUUACAUCACGCUGGACAGUCCCCGCCAAUUCAUGGAACUAGCCAGUCCUAUGCAAGCUCGAGUCCGCACUCUGUCCCAUCCCGUCAGACCUCUCACGCGUCACAGGCAUCGUCAUAUUUUCCACCUCCGUCUUCUGAGCCUCCAGCUCCGCCCGCCCAUCAGCCUCUCGGCGACUAUACUUACGGCAAACGUACAAGUAUAUCGGGGCCCUCGUUGAGGGCAUCGGAGUCAUCUCCAACGUAUCAAUCGCCGCAGUCGUCUUCUCCUCGAAGGACGGACACCCUCACAAGACACCCUCAAUCUCGACCUCUUCCUGGUCCGCCACCGCCGGAUGCCGAGGAUAUUGCUCCUCGCAAUGGCGCUGGAAAUACAUAUGAGGAUUUAAUGAAGGAAGUGGAAGCCGCUGUUCAAGGGAGUUCCCAAAAUAUGGGUUAUAAUGGAGGCGGGCAAAUGUCGCCUCUGGAACGACAAAAUUCUGCGGGGGGUAUGCUUCGUCCAUUGUUUAGUGAUGGGGUCGCGCUACCACGCCUGAGUCCUGAUGAACAUCAUACGCACAGCAAUGGCAGCGUAGCAACUGGUACUGGACAGUAUGUGAACUAUGACGCGUAUAGUGAUGAGAGCGAUGCGGAGGCUGCUGCUGGACUAGCAAUGAUGCAAAUGGCAGAAGAAGAAGAAAAAGCUGAAGCCCAGCGGCAACGAAGCAGAGGCGACACAAUGAGCUCUUUGUUUCCGACAUAUGGCUCGCAGGCAUCUACUGGGCUUCAGAUAUCUCAAGUUGCUCAACAAGAGUCGGCCAGUGACAGUGACUAUGCCCAUUAUGACUUGGCCUUGUAUGGAGGGGGUUAUGAAGGUCAAAUGCAUUAUGGCGAUGUUUCUACUUUGAACUCCGCGACAAAGUCUGCCGCGACGUCGGGAUAUCCGCCGGGUAAUGAAGAUGCUACAACCGCGUUCCAUUUCACCACUCCGGCGCGGGUUGAUACCGGGGGCACAGGUGGCCUAGCAGAACCUAGUGCGAUGGGACGGCGUAUGAGCUUCGACUAUGGUGACGAAGACGCUGAUCCUGUUCUAAGCAUGCCGGAUGGCGAUAUCCCCUCUGGGAGCCAAAGCCCAGAAAAUCCAGAACUAAUGGACCUCUUCUACCAUCCCGGAAUGCGCCCACUUCCACCAGCUCCUGUUGAGCCAGUUAAUAAUGCAAAUGUUCUGCCACAUCUGAUUCCUGCAGGAACUUAUCAUACCACGCAGUAUGAUGAGCAGGAUAACCAUGAUCAGUAUAGACCUCUUCCACAACCUACUUCUUCAGACUUGUCCGGACUAUCACUGCCAAAUCCUAAUCAAGUUCCGCGGUCGACAUCUAUGUCGAGUCAUAGCAACACUCCUCGUACUGACGCGCCUAUUAGAUCCAAAACCGAUGCGGAUCGGGUAAAGUAUAAGCAACAGCAGGACUUUCUGCGACAACAAGCGCCAGAUCCCAUCAGCACCCUAAGUUUCAACGCCUCACCAGAGCCAUCUGCCAUGGCUCUUGACUUGCCUACAAUACCGGCCGUUAGACGGAAGAAGUUCAAUCCAGCUAAAUUAUCUUCAGAGCAAUUUCGCAAGUGCUCGGAGCCCUGGGCCUUGAGUGCAAUCGUGGCGUGGGUUAAGGACUUGAGUGAAGAUGAGACCGAUCUCAAAGAAUCAGCCGUUGUCAAUGCUAUUGUCGCUUUAUUUACACAUAAAGUCCCAACGAUGAACACUGCUGAUGCAGAGACACUAGGUUCUUCCGUGGUCAAGAGCAUGCUUAAUGAAGGCGCACUGAUAAUCGACGAGGAAUGGGUCAAAUUCAGUAACAAGACCUUGUCUGGUGUGCUGUUUCAGAUUACAGGCAGUGGGUGUUAUUCCUCACGCCUUCAUUCUCAGGAAACGGAGAUAUUAGGCCGCUGCUAUUCUCACCAUUGCAUGAGGACUCUGAAAAAGAUCAAUCUCCGAGCCCAAGCAAUGGAACCCCAGAAGAAGGCUCAAGAUUGGGUAACUUUUUACAACGUCCCCAAAGAAGUAUGGGAGGCCUACCCACGCAAGGAGAUUGACCGUCAAAACAAUCUCCAUGAGAUCGUUACUACUGAAGACUCCUUCAUAGGACAAUUGGAUGUGCUGCGAGAACUUUAUCGUGAUCAAUUAGCUCACAUGCACCCUGCGAUCAUUAGCCCAAAGCGCCAGGAGAAAUUUCUACGGGAUGUCUUUGGUAAAGUUGAUGCUGUCAAAAAGGUUAACGAAGAUUAUCUCUUAGGACAGCUUAAGUACCGGCAAAAGGAACAAGGUCCAUUUAUUGCUGGCUUCAGUGAUAUCUUCAGAGAAUGGAUACGGAAAGCUAAAGGGGUUUAUGUGGACUACGCAGCGACGUUCCCCAAUGCUAAUUAUCUAGUUCGAAAGGAGGCUGAACGUAACACCCUCUUUCGUCAAUUUUUGAACCAAGCUCGUGAGAAUAAGCUGUCUAAUCGCUUGAGUUGGGAUACAUAUCUUAAGGCUCCUAUCACCCGCAUCCAGCGCUACACUUUGCUCUUGUCUACCGUGCACAAGAAUAUGCCCAAGGACUCGGAGGAAAAGACCAAUCUUGCACUAGCCAUUGAAGAAAUCAAGGCUGUGGCAUUGGAGUGCGACAAUAAGGUUGGGGAAAUGUCGAAGAAGGUCAAUCUCAUGGAGCUUGCUUCAAAGCUUCAACUCAGACCAGGAAUGAGCAAGGAGGUUGAGCUGAAUCUGGAGCAUCUGGGACGGGAGAUUAUCUUUCAAGGCGAUCUUCAGCGUCCUGGUACUCGAACAAGGUUCAAUCUGGUGGAUAUGCAUGCCAUCCUCUUUGACCAUUACCUUGUAUUGGCCAAAACACUGCAGAUUCGCGACGCGACCAAAUCCGGCAAGUUCGAAGUCUACGAUGUUUCCAAAUUGCCUAUUCCUAUGGACCUUCUAGUCUUGGAAAGCACGAACGAUGACCCAGUGGUCAAAUCCUCGGUGAAGGGCAUCUCAACACUGGCGCCUCCAACAGCGGCGGCUGCAGCACGGGGAGCUGGCCCAGGGACUCUCACACACGCAAACAGCUCUAAUUCUACUGGUUCAACCUCACUUGAGGGCUCCAAGGAUGACAAAAUUUUGUACCCUUUCAAAGUCAAGCAUUUAGGCAAGGUGCCUACCUAUACACUAUUUGCACCAUCAAUGCAGAACAGACAAGAUUGGUGCCGCAAGAUUCUCGAGGCUAAGACUAGACACGCUGCCUCGCUUUUUGCACAGAAUGCGGAACCCUUCCGCCUACGUGUCCUGGCUGACGCCGCUUUUGCCUAUUCCGAGGCGCCCGGAAGCAAGACAGUCAUGAUCAAAGGAACCCCCCUAGAUCGUGCCAUCAAGGACGUCGAAAAGAAGUAUGCGAGCAUAGGAAUUCGGCCUAACCCAAUUUGUAGAGCCGCAGUCAACUGUGCUACAGUGUUUCAGCAACCCGGCGGCCAAUUGAUAUGUGCUAUUGGCACCGACUUUGGAGUCUUUAUAUCGCGGUAUGACGAUCCACGAGGCUGGGAAAGAGCCAUCACAAUCAGUCGAGUCACGCAAAUUGCGGUCUUUGAAGACUUCAAUUUGAUGUUGUUGAUCGCAGACAAAUCUCUUCUGGCGUACCAUCUGGAUGUAGUCUGCCCGGUCAGUGGUAAACCCUCUCAAACAUCUCAACACGACUCUGCACGUCGAGCACCGCAAAAGGUAUCAGGAACUCGUGAGGUUGGCUUCUUCUCUGUGGGCAGAAUGAAAGACCGUGUCCUUGUAUUCUACAAAAAGCGAGACGGCAUUUCAUCAACUUUCAAGGUGAUUGAGCCGGUCCUACACAAAUCAGCCUCAACCCGCGCCCGCUUUCAUCUAGGUCGUCGUGGCCAGACGGAAUUCUUCCGCGAGUACGACGAAUUCUAUAUCCCUGCCGAGAGCUACAAUAUUAAUCUCUUCCAUUCCUCGCUAGCGAUAUCAACGCAACGCGGUGUUGAAGUUCUGACACUUGACAAAAAACAGCCAUGGUCUCUACCUAACCUCAGCUCGGCAGCACCGGAGGCGCAGCCUUAUUUGACCAGUAUUGGAAACCGUAUCAAAGACUUACGACCACUGGGUAUGUUCCGACUGAGCGAUGGCGAGUUCUUGCUGGCAUAUAGUGAAUGCGCGGUCUACGUCAACCAGCUUGGCGAUGUGUCUCGAAGUGUUGUCAUGGAAUUUGUUGGGCGAGCGCACACCGCCUGUCUCUAUGGCAAAUUCCUAAUCUUGCUGAAUGACGACUUUGUUGAGGUUCGCAAUGCCGAGAAUGGUCGCUUGAGACAAGUCAUACCAGGGCGUAACGUGGUAUGUCUCGAUGACGGCGGCAACAUGGAGGCAACUGGGGACACUGCCUCGCAAGAAAGCAAUUUCGCCAAACAUGCUGCUGUUAAUGGCCAGGCCUUUUCCACUAGUGACCUCGCCCGCAACGGCCGCACUGUGAAGAUCUGCAUGCAACACCCGGAGUACGAGCGCAGCCAAAUUGUGGUGGAACUCAUCGAAAACGAAGGACAGAAAGAAUAG